GUGCAGCAUGUGUGGACUGCACUAGUUUGCGCAGGCGGACACGAUUUCGAAACGGUGCGCAGCGGCCGCUGGCGGAAGGAUUGGAGCAUCGAAGCGCGGUGAGGAGGCGAUACGGAGGCUGCGGGGACGGCGGCGGCGCGGCGUCGAAUCAAUGAACAUAGAGUCCGUAAAAAAAUAAUAAACGCGCUCCUCGGUCCCGCACAAGAACUCCACUUUCGGGGCGCACCACCCCCCGGCAACAUGGAGAGGAAAAGGUGGGAGUGCUCGGCUCUCCCCCAGGGCUGGAAAAGGGAAGAAGUGACCAGAAAGUCGGGUUUGUCCGCUGGCAAGAGCGAUGUCUAUUACUAUAGCCCAAGUGGGAAGAAGUUCCGGAGUAAGCCACAGUUAGCCCGGUACCUUGGCAACUCUGUGGACUUGAGCUCAUUUGACUUCCGUACUGGCAAGAUGCUAAUGAGCAAGCUGAACAAAAAUCGACAGAGAAUGAGAUACGAUUCUAAUAACCAGGCCAAGGGAAAGCCUGAUCUCAACACCUCCUUGCCAGUCAGACAAACCGCCUCCAUUUUCAAGCAGCCUGUUACAAAGGUUACAAAUCAUCCUAGCAAUAAGGUCAAGACAGAUCCACAGAAGGCCAUUGAUCAGCCCCGGCAGCUAUUCUGGGAGAAGAAAUUAAGUGGCCUCAAUGCAUUUGACAUUGCAGAAGAGUUGGUGAAGACUAUGGAACUUCCCAAAGGACUUCAGGGAGUUGGACCAGGCUGUACAGAUGAGACGCUUUUGUCUGCAAUUGCCAGUGCACUACAUACCAGUACAGCACCCAUCACUGGACAGAUGUCUGCUGCAGUCGAGAAGAACCCAGGAGUCUGGCUAAACACAACUCAACCUCUUUGCAAAGCAUUUAUUGUAACGGACGAGGACAUUAGGAAACAGGAGGAGCUUGUUUAUAAUGUACGGAAAAAACUGGAAGAAGCUCUCAUGGCAGAUAUGCUGGCUCACGUGGAGGAGGCAUCCUGUGAUGGGGACAUUGCAAAGGAGGAUGGAGAUGAGACAGAAGAUAUGGAGGAAGUAUAACCAAGGGCCUUGUGGAACGUGGAUUUCCCGAUCCCACAGAAGACUGACCAGGACACCAGCUUUCCUGUGGCUUACAAGCGUUGUACACGCAGGUGCUAGAGGACCUGGUUUGCACCAUAUUUACUUGGGACACGUUCCCUGUUUUUUUUUUUUUUUACAAUGACUUAAUUAUAACUGUUAAGAGAAAAGAAGCUCAAGAACAAGAAAGGGCACCGCUGAUCUAACUACACUAUGUACUUGUUUUAAAAGAUGUUUUUACACCUGCUGUUCUAAGCUGAGGUGUUGGUACAGAGGCAUUGGUGGUUAGCCACUUCACCCAGGCUCCAAUCCCAAUUGUACCUCAUUUGUUUACUUCCCAAGAAAGGAGCAAAAAAAAAAAAAAAAACACCUUUAAAAGGACUUUAUUUAAAAUAAAAGGAUCCCUGUCUGCUGAACAUGGUCUUGAUAUAGGUAUCA